AUGGAUAGCCUCGAAGCUCUUGCAUCCAAGACGGAUUGUGAACCUCAGCUGCUCGCGAACACGCGCUCGCUCGCGGUCAAGGAACAGCUCUGGGACGAUUCCGCAAAGGUGGCUGUCGUGUACCUCUGCCGCAUCCUCUCCCGCGUACACCUGAGGCGCUUCUCCACGACCUUUCAUGUCGAUUUCGCUCCCUGGUUACCUAUCCUCGCCCUCAAUAGUGCCCAUACGUUGACACAUCUCGAUAUUGUGAUUAACCCCGCCGUGUAUGGGAACAGUCCAUGCGUCACCUCAACAGCCUUGCCGGUGUUGGACGACUAUGGCGAGGCGUUCGGAGGUUUGGUCGCUACUAGGCGUGAACGAUGA